AUGCGGUCAUUCCCUCAAAUUCCUAAUCCUAACGCCAAUACUUUAUACCAGAAUUCUCUUUACCAAGUGCCAACCUCUCAAAAUCAUAAUCCUAAUGUUAAUAUGUCACAACAGCUAGAACUUUUGAGGAGACAACAACAGCUAGAAUUCUUUAGACGACAACAACAACUACAACAUUUCAAUGAUGCAUGCAGAUUAGCUAGCAGC